AUGUACUUCGCCAAGGCCGUCAUCUCUCUCCUCGCCGUCGCCGGCUUCGCUGCCGCCCAGGACCCUAACCUCGCCCGCCGCGAGGCUUUAGAGGCUGCCCGAGAGGAGUACCUCGCUGCUCGCGACGAGUACAUCGAGCAGCGCGACCUUUUCCUCCGCAAGGCAGCGCCCCAAAAGUUCGGGCACUGCUCUCGAGACCCCAGGUCCAAGCGGAUGGUGUGCGUCAAGGGCGAGCACGACUUCUGCGGUCCAUGCCCAAAUAACGCUGCUCAAGGCGCCAAGUGCGCUUGCACCAACUAA